UCAUACAUUAUAGUUCUUAAGUUUCUGGUUUUUAAGUUAUGGAUGAGUUUAUGAAUGAAGCCUUCACGGAGGCUCGCACCGCCCAAAGUAUUGGGGAGGUUCCGGUUGGAUGUGUUUUUGUUUACAAGAAUCAAAUAAUCGCGCGAGGAGGGAAUUAUGUGAAUGCGACAAAGAAUGCAACAAGGCAUGCUGAAUUCGUCUGCAUCGACCAAACUUUGAAAUACUGUUCGGAAAAUUGUUUAAGUCGACAAAAUGUAUUUCCUGAAAUUUCCGUUUUUGUGACCGUCGAGCCAUGUAUAAUGUGUGCUAGUGCUCUUUGCAAUUUAGGUGUUAAGGAAGUGGUUUAUGGAUGUGCCAAUGACCGUUUUGGGGGGAAAACUAUCUUGAAUGUUACUGAGAUUUUGAAGUGCGAUAUACCCUUCAAGGGAGGGUAUAGAGCGGAAGAAGCUAUGGACUUACUCAAGGAAUUCUACAAGGGUGUAAACCCUGCGGCUCCAGAGCCUAAAAUUAAGAAAUCUUAACGAAUAAUAUUCAUUUACCGGUUGAAGUUUCAAUAUUGAUUUUUUUUUUUUUUAUUUUGUCUUUAUAAAAGGCCAAUCAAUAGGAAUAAAAGAAGAAUUUUCUAUAUUUU